CGCGACAUGAAGCGUCCGCGUCCAGACGCCGAAGACGCCGGCUGACAUGUGGAACUGUUUCACUCGUACCUUUAGCGUCCUGUGUCCCAACAAGACUACCAGAAGACGAAAACAUUCAAGUCAACCGGAAAAUACCUACAGCUUACACCCCACAAACAACUGCACACCUUUAAACUCAAAUAAAAUGAUAUCAGAAGACCAAGUAUCGCAAUUCCUCUCCAAUCAUACUGAAUUCCUUGAGAAGUUCAUUAUGGAUGAAGUUGAGGUGGAACAGUUGGAACGUUGGAUUAUUCGAAAAUCACAAAGGCAGAAGAAACGACCGGAUUUUGCGCCGCGAAAUGGACGAAAAACGAGCCUGUCAAGAUGGAAAUUCUGCGUGCAUGCGGAUAAACGUCAAAUGUUGCAAGAGCUCACUCAUAGUCUUCAAUUAAAACCUACCAAAGAUCACGUUCUAUGGGAAUUAUCGAAUUGCAUAUCUUCAGCAGUAAGUGCAGAUGGAUUCAGACUCUACACUGUAGAGAGUUCCUCUCAUCCAGACGACCUCCAGCUUUUCCUGGUGCUCGGUUCUCAUAAUGAAAAUGGUGACUUGAAGUUGCAAAAAAUCCAGAAUGGAAUCAGUAUUCCAAUUUAUGUCGCAGAAACUAUGGAACCUGUGCGAUUAAGCAGAGGACAAAACGAUUCUAGAUUUCCAGCGGAAAUUUUAGACAAUGGUGAAAUGGCUCAUGUGCAGUGUCAACCGAUAAUGCAACCAAACGGCGAACUAGUGGCCGUUCUAGAAUUAUGGAGACGGAAUACAGGAGCUUCCUUCUACGAAGAAGACGAAGAAAUCGCGUCCAGCUAUCUCGUCUGGGGCGGUAUCGCUUUACAUUACGCGCAUUUGUAUUUAAAUAUGAACCAGCAGAAAACGCUCAACGAUUUCUUGUUGGCAGUUGUUAAGUCGAUAUUUCAGGACAUGGUAAGCAUGGAUAUGUUGGUAAUGAAAAUUAUGAAUUUUGCUCAGCGAUUAGUGAACGCCGAUCGAGCCUCAUUAUUUUUGGUGGACAGUAAAAAUAAGGAACUAUAUGCAACGAUUUUCGAUGUAGGAAUCGACGAAUGUCCUGAAAACUUUCAAGCCGCAGAAGGGUCAGAUGAUUAUUCGGUGAAAGUUCGAACAUCAAAGGAAAUAAGAUUUCCUUUAGGCACAGGCAUAGCCGGUCAAGUAGCUUUGACCGGGGAAAUUCUCAAUAUUAAAGAUGCUUAUGCUGAUAAAAGAUUCAAUAGAACAGUGGACCAACUAACAGGAUAUACAACACAAACAAUAUUAUGUAUGCCAAUUUACAUAAGAGGCUCUAUAAUAGGAGUGGUGCAAAUGGUUAAUAAACAUUCAGGCUGUUUCACUACAGACGAUGAGGCGGCUUUUAAAACGUUUGCUGUCUAUUGUGGAUUAGCUUUGCACCAUGCAAAAUUGUACGAUAAAAUUAAGAAAAGUGAACAAAAAUAUAAAGUUGCAUUGGAGGUAUUAAGUUAUCACAAUACUUGCACCGAAGAAGAAGUUAAGUUUUGUUUGUCAGAAGGUAUACCAGAACAUAUACCCGGUGUGGAUGAUUAUUAUUUCAAUCCUUUCGAUGUAAGGGAUUUUGAAAAAGUCAAAUAUUCGAUUUAUAUGUUUAUAGAUUUGUUUGGGUUGAUGAAGUUUGAUACCAAAAGCUUGACAAGAUUUGUUUUAACUGUGAAAAAGAAUUACAGAAGAGUGCCAUAUCAUAACUGGACGCAUGGGUUUUCAGUUGCGAAUAGCAUGUAUUGCAUAUUAAAAAGAUCUGAGGGAUGUUUCAAGACAAAUGAGUGUUUGGCAUUAUUCAUUGGAGCUCUUUGCCACGAUUUGGACCACCGAGGUAAAAACAACAAAUUCAUGAGCGAUACAGAAUCGCCUCUUGCUGCGAUUUAUUCCACAUCAACGAUGGAACAUCAUCAUUUUAAUCAAACUGUCACAAUAUUACAGCAAGAAGGUCAUAAUAUAUUUGGCAAACUAUCAAGCAGCGACUACAAACAAGUACUGGGACUUCUUAAACAUUGCAUUUUGGCCACGGACUUGGCAGUAUUCUUCCCAAACAAAGCGAAACUUACAAGAAUCGUUGAAGAACGGACGUUUACCUGGAGCAAUACCGAGCACAGGAUGCUUUUACAAGCAAUUUCUAUGACCGGAAGUGAUCUGAGCGCCAGCGCGAAGCCUUGGGACAUACAAGUGGAAACUGUUAAAGUUAUUUUUGAGGAGUUUUAUCAACAAGGAGACGCAGAAAGGGAAGUUGGCCGACAUCCAAUACCAAUGAUGGACAGGCAACAACCAGAUCAGCAACCAUCGAGUCAAGUUGGUUUUCUGACAGGCAUCUGCCUGCCCUGCUACAAUCUACUAAACACGCUCAUACCGGAAUGCAAACCUUUAUUAGACAUGUGUCAGAAUAACUUAGAGCAUUGGCAAAAGAUCGAUACAGAAUUUAAAGAGGGCAAAAAAUAGGAACUUAGUUUUAUUAGUGCUGUGAGAUUUUUGAUUUUUUCUCUUAGGAUUUGUAUAAAGUCUACUUAGUUUUAGAAGCUUUGUAAUUGAAUGAUAAACAUCAUUCUUUUUUAGCUACAAUAUUUAUUUUAUGUCAUACCAAUACAUUAUUGUGUUUAUAUACCUUAGAUACCAUCUAUAUAAUUCAUUACUUUAUGCCCGUGCGGGCAUAAAGUACACAUUAUGGCCCGCGCGGGCAUGAAGACGCAAAAAAAAAUUUUCAAUUAACUUAUUCUUUAUUAACAAAAUAUAAAUUUACGCUUAUAAACAUAUUAUUUUUGUCAAAAAAUGAUGAUUUUGAACACUGAUGACAAUUUGCAAAGUGACACUUUUUUCCCGGGUAUUUAUUAUUCACAACCAACUGGUAUGAUAUAAAAAUUUGUAUGCACCACGGGUACUAAUAGAUAUAUAUACCCUCGGGCGACUUACGAACCCUCGGGCCAGAGGCCCUCGGCUUUGUAAGACUGUCGCCCUCAGGGCAUAAUCAUCUACUUAGUACCCUUGAUACAUAAAUAACUAUUAUUAAGAUGUAGGUAACGAAGUAGGUACCUAAACUAGAUGUGAAGCUAUUUUUCGUCGAUUUUUAUCUGACACUUUCCGUAUGAGGAGCGAGGAGGUGAACUAUAUGGCAAAAACAGGUGUGACGUCAGGUGACCAUUGGUGUUCUAAUGUAGGGUGCAACGAGCUCACAUUCCUUUCGACUAUCAGAUUAAAAUCGACGGACUUUAGAUUACGUAUUUUUUUCAUAACUGACUAUUAGAUAUUUUGGCAAUAUUUGUUACAUGGAAAAAUCUUGUGUUGCCAACAAUAAAUAAUAGUUAUUUAAAAAAAAAAACAGAUUAGGUAUAUGAUUAUGUGUAAACAUAGCUUCGGUGAUUUUUUUUGAAAUAAAAACCACUAGAGUAGUGUAGCAAUAAGCAUAAAUUCCUACUGAAGGCAUUUAGUUUUCCGAGUGUUUAAUAAAAGAAUGACUCAACCAA